AUGGGACAGAUGGCACACACACCUGUUAGGCCAUCGCAGGCACAAAGUCCCAGAGUCCCGCCUCGGCCCCUCAGUGAUCCUCCAUCUCCACAAAUAUAUGCUUUGGGAAGUCGGGAUAUAAGACACGAAAGUAAGCAUCUGGAUGGAGUGGGUACCUCAUCCCCAUCGAGAAACGUCGAGAUAUUCUCUCGAAGUUUUGAGUCUUUACCAAGCAACAACCUCAGUAAUAAAGUGGCGCAGGUCGAUGACGGACCGGGAAAAAAUCUCAAUUUGACACACGACGCUACCGCACCUGAACAUCUGUCAAAUUUGACAAAAUUUCGGACAUCAACGAAAACCGGAGAAGAGCAAGAAAGAUCUCACAACCAACUCGAAAGCGGGCCUUCGGUUGAGACUCCAGAGUCUGUUGGGCGUAUGAUGCCACCUCCAGUCAACCGUGCGGAUAAGCCAAAGGUCUCACUCAAGCCGGUCACGGUCGGCCGAAGUCCUAGAUUAAGACCGUCUUCCCCUUUCAUUGAUAAAAAGGUUUCUCCAUUCAGUACCCCGCCUAGCAGCGACGAAAGUUCUGGAUCACAGUCGGCUGUGCAAAACUUCGUUAGCCCCAAACCGCGAACAACUCAAAUCGUUGAUCAGCCUGCAAAUGCCAGACACUUGGACGACGGAUCGCGUGGAGAAGUCAGCUCCAGAGAUCGGCAACGAGUGGAUGCCAGGGCUAAAGGUUUCAGCCAGUCUGCGCCCAAAACAGCACGACCUAUCGACGAGAGACCAGCGUUACCACUUCGGAAAAAAAGGGGAACCUCCUAUUCGAUGUCUUCGGCCAAAAAGCCAGUAAUGGCCGUCUCCAAAGCGCCAUCCUCGACAACGGAAUUUUCACAGAAACGGAUAGUUUCACACGACUUUGUGCGGGAGACGCCAAGACAUAUGCCCAACCGGUUAGAUGAGCAAACAAGGCAACUCCCUAUCUCUACUAUACGACAGGAGAUAGGCUCUUCUUUCAGUGCCAGCACAACUAAUGAUGCAGGGUUUCCAGAUAUUUCAGAGGUGAAUAGACGCUUUCCGUACUGCCAAGCUGGUGCUAGAGCAAUCGAACUUGGCGAAGACUUCAAAUUAGUCGAUCUGUGUGGUAGGUACGUCUGUGUCGUAGGGCAGACUGUGAAAGUGUGGGAUGUCGUCACUAGUGAGAUCUUGUUGAGCCUGAGCUUUACCGAGCGAGAGCUGAGGAUUUCCUCUCUGGCCUUCAAACCAGGUGCCAAGUCCAACGACGAAGGCUUACGGCUUUGGCUGGGAACAAAUACUGGCGACCUCCAGGAACUUGACAUUCUAAGCCAACGUAUAGUUGCUACAAAAUCAGGCGCUCAUGAAAGACGCGAAAUAGCCAAAAUUCAUCGUCAUCAGAAUGAGUUCUGGACUAUUGAUAAUGGUGGGAAGCUUUGUGUUUGGCCGGGUGAUGAAAAUGGAAUGCCAAACUUACAAGGAACACACAAUUCUCACCCGGUUCCUAGAGGUCAUACUUUUUCAGUGAUAAUUGAAGAUUGUCUAUGGCUUGCUUCUGGCAAGGAAAUAAGCAUCCUUCGGCCGAACGCGAGUGACGGCUUGGCUUUCAAUGUGUUGUCAACGCCGCUGAUACAGCCUCAACUAGGUUCCAUUACCUCAGGUGCUGUCAUCAGUACACAACUAGACCGGGUCUAUUUUGGUCAUGCUGAUGGAAAGAUAUCGCUCUAUUCUACUCAGAAUUACUCAUGUAUAGGUACUGUCAGCUUAAAUGUCUAUAAAAUCAAUUCCCUUGUUGGCGCCGGUUCUCAACUCUGGGCUGCAUUCAGUAUAGGCACCAUCUGUGUUUAUGACACAAGUACAACACCAUGGAGAACAAGAAAGGGUUGGCUUCCACAUCAAGGCAACCCAGUAAUUAGCCUUUCGGUCGAUCGUAGCAGCUUGUGGAAGACUGGUGUCCUUCGUGUAGCAAGUACUGGAGCCGACAGCAAUCUAAGAUUCUGGGAUGGGACGCUGCGAGAUGAAUGGAUCGACGAUGCCAUGCGGCAGCAUGAGGCUGACUUCUGCUCUUUCCGCGAGGUCUCUGCUCUGGUGAUGACCUGGAACGCGGGCGCCGCAACACCGAAUCAUCUUCGACAGGACGCUGCCGAGUCUCGGUUUUUCCAACAAAUGCUUAACCAAGGGCCCCUACCUGAAAUACUAAUUUUUGGGUUUCAAGAGCUCGUCGAUUUAGAGGAUAAAAAACUCACAGCCAAGACCCUGUUCAAAGGCAACAAGAAAAAAGACCCAGCAGAGCAAGAUCAUAUGAGCCGCCAAUACCGAGCGUGGCGAGAUUAUCUUGUGCAUUGCGUUGACGAAGCCGCUUCCAACAACGAGCCGUACCAGCUUCUUCACACUGCCAACAUGGUAGGUCUCUUCAGCUGUGUUUUCGUGAAGGCCAACCAGCGAGGUCGUCUUCGUGAUAUUGGCACUGGUGAGUUGAAGCGUGGAAUGGGCGGCCUUCACGGCAACAAGGGUGCCUUGAUGUUCCGCUUCGUUCUGGACGAUACUUCAAUUUGCUUGGUGAAUUGUCAUCUUGCUGCAGGUCAGACGCAGACCAGCAGCCGCAAUAGCGACAUAGCUGCUAUCAUUGAGUCAGAGGUCCUACCGGGCAACAGGGAGGCAAGUCCUCAGGGUGAUACGUUUGUUUGUGGUGGUGACGGGUCCAUGAUUUUCGAUCAUGAGAUUUGCAUCUUGAAUGGAGAUCUAAACUAUCGUAUCGACACCAUGGGACGGGAUACAGUUAUCAAAGCCGUGAAAAGCAACAAUUUGGACAAAUUGUUACAGAGAGACCAAUUGUUAGUAUCGCAACGCAGAAAUCCAAUGUUCCCAGUGCGCUCUCUCCGAGAAGCAUCAAUAACAUUUGCACCCACAUAUAAAUACGAUGUAGGGUCUGACGCUUACGACACAGGCGAGAAGCGCAGGGCUCCAGCAUGGUGCGAUCGCAUUCUGUGCAGAGGCGGUGAUAAGAUUCAUCAGGCAGACUACAGACGACAUGAUCUGCGCGUCUCUGAUCACAGACCCGUCACUGGUCUUUUCCGCAUAAAAAUCAGAAAGGUUGCUGCAUCGGAGCGAGGUUUGGCCCGUGAACGGUGUGAGGAAAGAUUUCAGGGCUCAAAAGAAGAGCUGACCACGAUCGCGAAGUAA